ACGCGGUCGCACUGCGGGCAUCAACCACUGCACCUCGCCAUGUCUCGUUCUCGUGCUAAGCGACGCCCGUCUCGUCUGCGAUGGACAUCAAUGGAGCACAUGACGAGCUUCUGCAAGCAGCAACUGCGUUCGACCAGUUUUCUCGAGAUCGACCUCCCAAGACUUUUGAGUCUUUGACAGAAAGCAUGGAGUAACCUUUGGGUGGUUGGGGUAAGUGAGAGACUGGAGUUGUGGUAGUGUGGCAAUAACAUGCAGACCUGUGGAAACAGUCUGGCUUUUUGUGGACAGUCCUUUCCUCUUCCUUUUUGCCACCUACUGCAUGGAUCCAACAGGAAGAAGGCCCUAGCAAACGCCAGUGGAGGUAGAAGAAGAGAGGCCGAGAGCUAAAGAGAGCCAUGGUUUGUUUCUCCUUCGUGAAACGCUGGAUCUGGUUGUUAAUGGAGUCUCUGAGUUCAGCUCCCAAAAUAUCACCGAAGAACUGAUCGGGAUGGAUCUCAUUAAUCUGUUCCUCUUUCUAUUCGGCGGAGAGCAAUAGCUUUCCAUGGAUCAGCUCUAUGAUGAUGAGCCCUGUUCUUGGUAUAAGAUCAUGGGUGGCUGAAAAGAAAUCAAUGAUUGCAGAAAGAAUCAAAUGAAUUAUUACAAUCAUGUCAUUAUCCUUAUUCCCUAUCUUACAGAACUAUUGCCGAAUUUUCUGAUACUGCAACAAGCUUCCAUGUUCUUUUUUGCAUAGGAUCUCAAUUCACAUCUAUUCUGUCUUUUGAUGGCAGCCAUAUUGAAUCCUAUCCGAUUAACUAUUUGUGCCAAAGUUUCAUCUUCAUCUGCUCAGCCACUGAUCUCAAGUAGUGACCAGAGUGAAGCUGCUGUUCAUCAACACAGCAUCUAAGAACAUCUUUCUUCUUAGAGAAUUAAGAUCGACACAAGCAGCAGCAUAUCGAUCUUAAUGGUUGUCGAUGGAUUUUGUGACAAUUAUCUUAUGGCAAGGAGGAAAAGUUGGUUUGAUCGAGUGAAGAGAUUCUUUGUCUCCGAUUCUAAUGCAAAGACAGAAAAGAAGGAGAGGAGAAGGAGAUGGCUGGUCUUAAGGCUCAAGUCCAAAUGCUCGCCGGCCCUUCCAGUUCCAUCAACGAUGAACGCGAGAUCACUCAAGGAAGCAGAAGAAGAGCAGAGCAAGCACGCAAUGGCGGUUGCAGUCGCGACUGCAGCAGCUGCUGAGGCCGCCGUUGCUGCUGCUCAGGCUGCUGCUCAGGUGGUUCGCCUUACCGGAAAUCCACCUUACCAUCAGAGACUUGAAACUGCAGCUAUUAAGAUUCAAGCUACCUUCCGUGGACAUCUCGCAAGAAAAGCUUUGCGAGCAUUGAAGGGCUUGGUUAGGCUGCAGGCUCUUGUUCGUGGCCAAGCGGUGAGGCGUCAGACCAGUCUUACUCUCCAGGGUUUGCAGUCACUGAUGAGGAUUCAGUCAAAGGCCUGUGCUAGCAGAUCGAGAGCUUCGGAAGAACAAGCUUGUGAACUUAAAGAAAUCGUUCAUGCCAGGCCCAAGGAAUCAGAUGACCUGAAGUUGACACUUCAUAAGAACAGUGAGAGAAGAUGGGACAGCAGCAUAUUGUCCAAGGAAGAGAUCAAUGCCAUACUCAGAAGCAGAAGAGAGGCUGCAGUAAAGCGAUUGAGAGCUUUGGAAUAUGCCUCUUCAUAUCAGGAGAGAAGGAAUGCCCAGAGACCAUCGACACCAACAGGCAAAGAAGUGCAGGCUGAUGACCUGAACCACAGGUGGAGGUGGCUCGAAGAGUGGGUUGGGGCACAACCACUGGACAAAGAUGUCGUGGAGAUCAAUCCCCUGCCAGUCCCAGAGAAAGGUUCUCGUGAUCAGCCAAGCCCUAUACCGGACUCACUCGUUUUGGACAAGGAGAAAGCAGAGGAAGCUCAACUGAGAGACUUGGCCAGAAGGUCAUUCAUCAGGUCAAGAACAACCUCUGUCAGAGACGAUGACUCCUUCUCAAGCUCUCCUUCCUUCCCCAGCUACAUGGCAUCCACAGCAUCCACCAAGGCACGGUUCAGGUCGAUGAGCACGCCGAAACAGCGGGCGGGCGCCGGCGACGUCUGCUUCGAUCAGUUCACCCCCUACUCAAACAGGAUACUGUCACCAUUCCAUUCUGUCGUCAGCGACAUAAGCCUCAGCAGCAAGUCCAGCAAACCUCCAUUGGCUCAUCAGAGAUCGCCGCGCCUGAAAGGUCAAGCGGCUCCGGUGAGGUCUCACAGGCCUUCCAUCGAUCUCAGCUUCGAUUCCCAGUGCCCACUUGCGAACUGGGAUCAGCACGGCGCCUUCAGGUGAUCUGCCUACAGGGGUGUAGAUAAAGCAGCUCGAAAGCAGUGAUUUUGGGUUAGAGUUCUUGCGGGAAACUUGUUUGAAGUCUUCUUUUGUCGGUGUUGGUUUUGGGUUUGCAGCUCCUACAUUUUGGCAGCUACCGCAUGCAUAUACAUGAUAUAUAUAUGAUCUUUCCUGAUAUGUCUCUCUACGCUUAAAC